AUGGCUACUGGUACCGACACAAUAUCCGAUAUGCAUCCAUUAUACAGCCUAGUCCCUCGUAUGCCUCUGCUGCGCACGUUGGUAUCAACUGCUACAAUACCGCCAGAACUAGCAGACAUAGACCAGCCGCUUAGCACAUUGUAUGUCUGCAAGUCUAUCCCAAUAUCCACCGCAAAUAGACCUUGGGUUGUAUCGCAAGCGAUUUCGCAGUCGCUGACCUCACUGACUAUGAAAAACUUUAGUUUGCGCGACAUCCUGUUUCUGUUCAGACAAAGCUCUGCCGACACUACUAUGUCCGCUUUUCCAAACCUGAGGUUACUUGAUUUGGAGCUUUCGGUUCUACUGCAUGGCGAUGGUAACACGGACGAUUUCGAUCAGGAGCAUUUUGAGCUACCAAGUCUGACUUAUUUGCGGCUUGCAAGUGAUGCAGACCUCUGCGUAAGCUUCCAGCGACGGAUAAGAUACCCACAGCUGCUUGACCUCGUAAUUGAGCUGCCACAAAGAGAUACCACUGUCGAUUUCUACCUUUGUGACACACCAGCUCUUCGCCUGCUGCGUGUUAUCGGUGAUACAUCAAGAAACAUUCCUGAAGAUCCUCGGUGCUGUGACGCUGAUCUGCGACCGCUGCUCACCAUCUGCUACAACUUACACAUGCUUGAUCUGAGGGUGCGCCGAAUCCCACUUCCCUGCCUUAGACCAGUCAAUCCAAGUGAGGACCAAGUUUUUGUGCUACAGCGACUGGAGAUACAUUUCCCAAUUGCAACUGAGCAGCUUGCCCAGCUGUUGUUGUGUUUGCCGAUGCUAAUCCACUUGUCUGUUGCCUGGUGCGAACACCCAAGAUAUCCAGAGCUUGCUUUAGAUUCACCUACAAUUUCCCCAUCCCUGGAGAUCAUUUCAGUGCCAAGUAUAUUUGGUGUACUGGAUGAUGUACCGUUCCGACGGUUUGCUGAAUUGACUAGACACAUGCCAGUACUGCAGACGAUCAGAGCCCCAGCGAUGAUUGCCAAUAUGAUUGAAUUGGCAAUUUGGCGCAAUAGGCGUGGAAUGAAGGACGGCGCUCUAGAUAUGCCACAGUUCAAUUUCGUAGAUUCAGGAGCAGUCUCAGACAGUUGA